AUGCUUUCGGCCUGGGUGACCAGCCUCGUCAUGCUGGUGUUCUUCAUCGGCGGCGCCCGCAAUCCCAAGGUGAUCCCCAGCCGGAUGCAGGCGCUGAUCGAAAUGCUGUUUGAGCUUGUCCUCAACUUUGCCUCCAGCAUUCUCGGACCCGAAAUGGGGCGUCGCGCUUUCCCCGUGAUCGCCACCAUUUUCUUCUUCGUCCUGUUCAACGCCUGGAUCGCCAUCUUCCUGAUCCCGAUUUACCAGGCUGUCGGCUACGGAGCCAACGUCGGCGGCGAAUUCAAGCUCGCGACACACCUGGUGCGCCCCGCCGGCACCGACCUGAACUUCCCGCUGGCUCUCGCCCUGGUGUCAUUCGUCUUCGUCGAGUAUUGGGGUUUCCGCGCUCACGGUUUCGGUUACCUCAAAAAGUUCUUCGCCUUCGGCGACCUGCUGCGCGGCCGGCCUUCUGGCCUCAUCAACGUGUUCGUAGGCAUCCUCGAGCUGGUGUCCGAGAUGGUCCGUAUUGUCUCGUUCACCUUCCGUCUGUUCGGCAACAUGACCGCCGGCGAAAUCCUGGUGGUUAUGAUCACCUUCCUGGUUCCCUUCAUCGCCACCCAGUUCGUCUUUGGCCUGGAACUGCUGGUGGGUCUGAUACAGUCGGUCAUAUUCGCGGGCCUCACCCUGGUGUUCCUGUCCGUGGCCGUCAGCCACGAGGAGCACUGA